AUGGCACUUGGACAACCUAUAAACCUUAAAAAAUGGAUUGAAGAGAAUGGCGAGCUCUUGCAACCACCAGUCAACAAUUUCUGUCUUCAUCGUGGCGGUUUCACUAUUAUGAUUAUUGGUGGACCCAAUGAACGUAAUGAUUACCAUAUUAACCAGACUCCAGAAUAUUUCUACCAGUUGAAAGGAACUAUAUGUUUGAAGGUUGUUGAUGAUGGUGAAUUCAAGGAUAUUUACAUUCAUGAAGGAGACUCAUUCCUUUUACCUGCUAAUACCCCUCAUAAUCCAUGUCGUUAUGAAAACACCAUUGGUCUCGUGGUUGAGCAAGAUAGACCAGAGGGAAUGAAUGAUGGGAUCAGAUGGUAUUGUGCUAAAUGUGAAAAUAAGAUUUUUGAAAAGGAAUUUUAUUUAACCGAUUUAGGUACUCAGAUUAAAGAUGCCAUUGUUGCAUUUGAUAGCAAUUUGGAUGCAAGAACUUGUAAAAAAUGUGGACAUGUCAAUAUUUCAAAGAGAUGA